AUGGCAGAAAAUUCGUUAUCAGGAGAAUUUCGCGUGGGACAAGAACUUUAUAAAAGUAUUGAGAAUACAGAACUUGCUUCGUCUGACCAGUUAUAUCAACAAGAUGUUAAAAGUGCAAUUUCACAUUUUAGAAAAUGUGUAGAACUAGUGGAUAAAUUAAAAAUUUUUAGUGCAAAUGAAACUGUAGAAGAUAUUAAUACUAGUGAUUUAAGAUUUCUUUUGGUGGAAGCCUAUCUUGGCGAUCUUACAACUAAAUUAACUGACAAUGAUCGAAUGCAAACACUAAAUGAGGCAAAAUUAUAUUUUGAACAGUUUUUAAGGAAUGUCGAAUUACAUGAAAUACUAAAAGAGGAGGAUAGAAAAUUUAUUGAAAUACAAACAAAUGAAGUUAAAAAGGAUACCGCUAAGAGGCGUGAAGAAAAGAUCGCGCGUUACAAAAGAGAGAAAGAGACUAAAAUGAAGUUAGAGACUUUACAACAAACGUUGUUAUCUUUUGAAGAUAAUGACAAAGAAGAUAUUAGUCGCGAACAUACCUUGACUCUUAUUGAUUUGUUCAUACAAAAAUCUAUUGAACAAUUAAUUUCAAUUAAACAAGAGCUUGAAUUACUUGAUCAAAUGCGAAAAACUCGUGAACAAUCUGGGCCCAGUCCUUUGUUGGAUGACAAUAAGGUCGAAACCAUUUCUAGAGAUACUGGUCCCUUAUUAUCGAAAGAUGGAAAGCCACUUCGACCAUUUGUUAUCACGAAUCGCGAAACCAUUCGAGAACAAGUCUUUAGACCAGGCUGGCGUCUUCCAACAAUGACUAUUGACGAAUAUCUUGAGCAAGAAGCUGCACGAGGCAAUAUCAUUAGCGGAGGAGGGCAAAUACCAGAAAAGAAGGAAAUCGAUGAUAACGAUGAGCGUGCUAUAGAUGAAGAGACGCUCAAAGCACGAGAAUGGGAUGAAUUCAAAGACUCUCAUCCCUAUGGAUCGGGUAAUCGUAUGCGUAAAGGCUAA